AUGGGAAAGAUCACCUUCUACGAGGACCGGGGCUUCCAGGGCCGCUGCUACGAAUGCAGCAGCGACUGCCCCAACCUGCAGAACUACUUCAGCCGCUGCAACUCAUCCGGCUGCUGGAUGCUCUAUGAGCGCCCCAACUAUCAGGGCUACCAGUACUUCCUGCGGCGCGGCGAGUACCCCGACUACCAGCAGUGGAUGGGCUUCAGCGACUCCAUCCGCUCCUGCCGCCUCAUCCCCCAACACUCUGGCACUUUCAGGAUGAGGAUCUAUGAGAGAGAUGACUUCAGAGGACAAAUGUCAGAGAUCACAGACGAUUGUCUCUCUCUUCAGGAUCGUUUCCACCUCAAUGAAAUCCAUUCCCUCAACGUGCUAGAGGGCUGCUGGGUCCUCUAUGAGAUGCCCAGCUACAGGGGACGGCAGUACCUGCUGAGGCCAGGGGAGUACAGGAGAUAUCUUGACUGGGGGGCUACGAAUGCCAAAGUUGGCUCUAUUAGACGUGUCAUGGAUUUUUACUAA